CCCGUACGGAAUGUAACUCAUUCGCACUUGCCGAAGCAUGGAUAAAUAGUUUCGAGAGCGCCUGUCCGAGGUCAUGUAUUAGCCCAGCAGAUCUGCGCCUCGUUUUAAGGUUUCUGCAGAUUUCCUACAGGACUCUUUCCAAAACUUGAGCACCUAAGAGAGCAGUGUUCACUUUGUCAUUGCAUUAAAGUAUGGCAGCUCUCAGCGAGGACUUACUCAUCACUGUCAACAAGCUACAAGAUCUUGUCUUCAAUACCAUUGGAAAUGACUCACUUGAUCUACCCCAGAUUGUUGUCGUCGGUUCUCAAUCUUCUGGAAAGUCAUCCGUCCUUGAAAACAUUGUCGGCAGAGACUUUCUACCGAGGGGAAGUGGUAUCGUCACAAGAAGACCGUUGAUACUUCAACUCAUAAACAUUCCUAGUGAACGGCAUGAUAGGCCUGAUGGUGAUGAGGUCCAUGUACCUCACACUGCUGCAAGCGUUGCUGGACAGAAUGAAUGGGCAGAGUUUCACCAUCUCCCGGGUCGAAAAUUCCAUGACUUUGCUCUGGUGAAGCAGGAAAUUGAAGCCGAGACAGCAAGGAUAGCGGGAAGCAACAAAGGCAUUAACAGGCAGCCUAUAAAUCUCAAGAUCUUUUCACCCCAUGUCCUCAACCUCACGAUGGUUGACUUGCCAGGGUUGACCAAAGUGCCUAUCGGAGAUCAACCGUCCGAUAUCGAAAAACAAACCCGGGCAUUGAUCCUGGAAUACAUAGCGAAGCCCAACAGCAUCAUUCUGGCAGUAUCCCCUGCCAAUGUCGACCUCGUGAACUCCGAGGCCUUAAAGCUUGCGCGACAGGUUGAUCCCAUGGGUCGAAGAACGAUCGGUGUUCUCACUAAGCUGGAUCUCAUGGAUCAUGGGACCAAUGCCAUGGACAUCCUUUCUGGUCGCGUUUAUCCGCUGAAGCUUGGUUUCAUCGGCGUCGUUAAUCGCUCUCAACAAGACAUUCAAUCUGGGAAGUCAUUAUCUGACGCAUUGCAGGCCGAGCUGGACUUCUUCAGACACCAUCCUGCUUAUCGGAACAUGGCAAACAGAUGCGGCACCCAAUUUCUAGCAAAAACAUUGAAUACGACUCUCAUGUCUCACAUUCGCGAUCGGCUUCCUGAUAUCAAAGCGCGCCUCAACACUCUCAUGGGACAAACACAGCAAGAGCUAGCCAGCUACGGCAACAAACAAUUCAGUGGGAAGGAACAUCGUGGAUCUCUGAUAUUGCAACUGAUGACACGCUUCGCAUCGUCAUUCAUAUCCUCGAUUGACGGAACGUCUUCGGAGAUUUCUACCAAAGAGCUUUGCGGUGGCGCUAGGAUAUAUUAUAUAUUCAAUUCUGUUUUCGGCAACUCCCUUGAAACAAUAGAUCCUACCCACAACUUGACUGUGUCUGAUAUCAGGACGGCUAUCCGAAACUCUACUGGCCCUCGUCCGAGCUUGUUUGUUCCAGAACUUGCUUUCGACCUGCUUGUAAAGCCCCAAAUCAAGAUGCUAGAAGCUCCUAGUCAGCGAUGCGUCGAACUCGUUUACGAAGAGCUCAUCAAGAUUUGUCAUACAUGUGGUUCACAAGAGCUUCUUCGCUUUCCACGUCUGCAAGCAAAAUUGAUUGAAGUGGUCUCUGAUCUCCUUCGCGAACGCUUGGGCCCGUGUUCAGGAUACGUCGAAUCCCUUAUUUCGAUUCAGCGGGCCUACAUCAAUACCAACCACCCCAAUUUCCUUGGCGCAGCAGCGGCAAUGUCGUCCGUCAUUCAAAACAAGCAGGAACAAGAAAAGAAAGCAGCACUGGCAGAGGAUAGGCGGAAAAGAGAAAAGAGACGGCUAAAGGAACUUGGGGGGUUGAAUGGUAACAAUGCUGCCUCAUUGGAUGAUGAGGAAGAACCGCAACCUGAACUCAAGCCACAAAAUGUUUCCAGCAGAAGCCAGUCCGUGCGGGGUGCGAGAAGCAUGUCUCCUCACCUUGGUAAAAGUCAAGAUGGCGGCAUUGCAGCUACACUGAAUGGGGCGCACUCCAACGCCUCUGCGACUUUUGGGACAACGAAUACAACCCGAGAUUCUUUCUUGAAUUACUUCUUCGGAAAAGAUGGUGUACAUCCUGUGACCUCGCUGCCGCAAGUUUCGAACACGAAUAGGCAGCUUGCAAGUCCCCAUGAGGCCAGUGGCAGCCAUGGCGCACGACGGACAGAUCUGCGGUCACCGAUCAUGCCGCCUGACGAUUACGUCGCUCCUGUAGACUCUUUCAAUGAUGUUGGCAUAUCUACAAAAGACGAUCCCGACUCUUCCUUGUCUGAACGCGAGAUAUUGGAAACUGAAUUGAUCCGCCGAUUGAUCUCCUCGUAUUUCAACAUCGUCAGGGAAACAAUAGCGGACCAGGUACCUAAGGCCAUUAUGCAUCUGCUUGUCAAUCACAGCAAAGACGUCGUGCAAAAUAGGCUUGUCAGCGAGCUUUACAAGGAAGAUCUUUUUGGGGAGCUUCUUUACGAGGAUGAUGGGAUCAAAGCGGAGAGAGAAAAGUGCGAAAAGCUUUUGGAUACGUAUAAGGAGGCGGCGAAGAUUGUGGGCGAGGUCUUGUAGAUCGUUCGAUCCGGCAUGUUCGGUUGCAGAACUUCUUGGAGCUUGGCAGCCUUGCCUUCUAAGUAACUGCAAGCGUCUUAACCCGCCCUGAGUUAGCUGUUUUCGGGGAGGGAAAGAGAGGCAUUGUCAGACGUGUAUAUUAUACUCAAAUUAUUGUUUCUGUCUAUCAUCCAGAAAGAGGAUUGGUACAAGAUCACACCUUUGACUUCUUGUGACUAUCAUGUUUUAUUUCCUCCCUAGAUCGUGCUAUUGACUUACACUAAAUUCCUAGGUUCAGAAGUGAAUCUGCAUACUGCAAGGGAACAGUAAGUCGGCUAACCAGACCCUGAUACAGAUAUAGCCCACAGUUAACUUCCAUGUUUAUCUUUUGUCCGAGUGUGUUUUCUUGGCACGUGUCCCCUCAUAGCCAUAAAAAGCACCUCC